AUGACAGAAUCAACUAGCACAUCCGCACGAUCGCAGAACACAAGCUAUAUUGUUAACAAGAAUGGUGCAGAUCAACUUGUGGACAUCCUUCAACGUCGCCCGGACGGACAGGUGUAUGUCCACUAUGAUGGGUUUGACAAACGCCUAGACGAAUGGAUUCCAGGUGCUAGCCUCAAACCUGCUAACGAAUCCGCGCGCAAAAGGAGGAGGGACACCCCUUCACCUACGCCUACAGAGCCAGAAACGCGGCCCGAUCCCCUCAUGACCGAGGAAGAGUUCGACAUCAAACACCAUAAACAGAUCACUGCGCAAAGAAAUUUUGACAAGGUCAAUUUUGGACAGUGGCGGAUCAAGACCUGGUAUUUCUCACCUUAUCCACUCACAGACUCAGAGCUCGAGGAUAGCACUGGACUACCUGGAGGUUCAGCUUCGACGUCCAAGAUCCCUGGUGUCAACAGAGCGACUGUUCGAUCACACGGGCGCACCUCUGACCUCUUGGCCGGCGGGCUUACUCGCUCACACCUAUCUGCUGAAAAGAGCAUAUUAUGGGUCUGUGAUCGCUGUUUCAAGUACAUGGCUGAGGGUGCAGCAUGGGAAAUGCAUGUAAAACAAUGCGACAGAAGGCAUCCACCAGGACGAAAGGUUUAUCAGCGAGGUGCGCACAUAAUUUGGGAGGUCGACGGCGCCAAGGACAAGGUCUCUACAUAUUGCUGCCCUCGCUCGAAUACUUACCAAGACCUUCAGCUCUACUGCCAAAAUCUCUCGCUCUUUGGAAAAUUGUUCAUCGACGUCAAAACUUUGUUCUUUGAUUGUGACAACUUCUUGUUCUAUAUCCUUACAGACGCAGAUUCACAACGAGAUCAUGUUCUUGGAUUCUUUUCGAAGGAAAAAAUAUCUUACGAUGACUAUAAUCUUGCGUGUAUCAUCGUUCUCCCUCCAUAUCAGCGCAAGGGCUAUGGAAUGCUCAUGAUCGAAUUCAGUUAUGAAGUAUCCCGCCGCGCUGGUAAAAUCGGUACACCUGAACGACCCCUUUCAGAUUUGGGCUUGAGAAGCUACCUCACAUACUGGGUGGCUACGCUCAUUCGCUUCUUCAGACGACUUUUGUCAGUUCUCCCACCAGAUCGACCCACGAUUACGUCUUCAGGGCGACUACCCGACCUAACUGGUGUGCUGCCUCCUCCCUCUGAGGAUGCUAAUUCACGAAAAAAGCGGGCGAAAGGAUGGGAUGGAGAAACACCUGAUUCAAAUUCUACAUUCUCAUCGCCAAACGGGCUGGAUGACACAAUUGCAGCAAUGCGCACGGUGCUGACAAUCUCUAAUCCUGAUGGCAGCGCAACCUCGCACGUCGUUGUGCGGUCCACCCUUGCAGAGAUCGCAUCAGCCACGAAUCUACGCAUCGAGGAUGCUGCAUUUGCAUUGAAUGAAUGUGGGCUUUUAGGGAGCACAUUGGACGGUGUGGUGGGGAUCACAAGGGAGAUGGUGGAGGCCGUGGCCAACGAGAGGAAUGUAAAGAGGAUGUGUUUGGAUCCUGCCCAUGUCAUGUUGACAUGA